GACCCCGCAGGGAAGCAGGAGGGGUGCAGUGGGCGGAGGCAGUACCGGGAAAGGGGGCGGAUAGCGGGUCCCGCGGCGGCAACGGCGCCUGACCAAUGGAGAGACGCCGCCCCGGGCGCCGCGCUUAGCCGGCGGCAUUUAAACCAGAGACCCGGAGAUGCCCGACACUCGGUGCGCCCUUCGCGGACCUGGAGACCCAGUGCACCGCGGUAGCGUCACUCUCCGUCGUUCCUCCCGCGUCGAGCCGGAGAGGCUCGGGCCGCGGUCGCACGUAGGGCCACGGUCUACAGCGAAGGACUCGAAGACCCACCGCACUGAACUGACAGAAUGAACCGCACUGCCUACACUGUGGGAGCUUUGCUUCUCCUCUUGGGGACCCUACUACCGGCAGCUGAAGGGAAAAAGAAAGGGUCUCAAGGAGCCAUCCCGCCUCCAGACAAGGCUCAGCAUAAUGACUCUGAGCAGACCCAGUCCCCACCACAGCCUGGCUCCAGGACCCGGGGGCGGGGCCAGGGCCGGGGCACCGCCAUGCCAGGAGAGGAAGUGCUGGAGUCCAGCCAAGAGGCCCUGCACGUGACAGAGCGCAAGUACCUGAAGCGAGAUUGGUGCAAAACUCAGCCCCUGAAGCAGACCAUCCACGAGGAGGGCUGCAACAGCCGCACUAUCAUCAACCGCUUCUGCUAUGGCCAGUGCAAUUCCUUCUACAUCCCCAGACACAUCAGGAAGGAGGAAGGCUCCUUUCAGUCUUGCUCCUUCUGCAAGCCCAAGAAGUUCACCACCAUGAUGGUCACGCUCAACUGUCCUGAACUACAGCCACCCACCAAGAAGAAACGGGUCACACGCGUGAAGCAGUGUCGGUGCAUAUCCAUUGAUUUGGAUUAAGCCAAAGCGGGCACAUUCAGCCUGUCAUAGUCGUGCGGAGAGCCAUACCUAAACCACCUGAUUCCUACUUGGCUUAAACCUAGAGGUCAGAAGAACCAGCAAGUUGCUUCCCGGCUGGAGGCUGCUUAUGCAUAGUGUAUGCGCAUGAGUGUGCAUGGGUGUUGUGUAUGCUUCCAAACACCAGCAGAAGCAGAAGCAGCCUCUGCUAGAACGCACUUCCUGUUACUCUGCUUCAGAUGGUCGGAAACUCCCAUACCACUGGACCCAAACUCCCACAGGGGUAGGGCUGUAGUUGGCUUUGCCUUUGUGUCCCAUGCGCCCUCCUGGGCACAAGGACUUCAUUGAGAAUGAAUACUAAUGGAAGAGGUAACUCCGAGGGCUGCAGCAGACUUGGAACUUUCAGCGCUUGCCCUUUGCUCCCACAACCCAUUCCGUCUUUGCUCUCCCUGACAUCUCAGUCUUAGCUCAUGUCCCUAAAGUAAUUCAUUUGACCGUGGGUGUAAAUGUCUUCCAUCUUGUGAAGAACCUCCAGAACGCGGGGAGAUGUGUGACGGAGGACAAACGGGAUGGAGGAUUGACACAGGAAUGUUGAGGAUGAAGACCAGUCUGGGACAGUGAAAUUCAAUAUUAAGAUGGCCAGAGUUUGAAAGUUGUUCUCCAAAACAGUGUGAGCCUUGUUUCAGUGAAAGUAUUUUCCUGGUAUUUAAAAGAACUCAGAUGCACAGAGGUGAAAUGUAACCAUACACACACACACACACACACACACACACACACACACACACACACACACACCAAUUUUCUGUGUCGGCCUCGGUAACCUCCUGACAUGAACUGUAACCCAAAGUUAAAAGUGAAAUAAUGACCACUCCUGUUUUAGAAGUUAAGAGAGUUAAACAGAAAGAAACAUGGCCUUCUACUUUGCUUUGCCUCUCAGGUGGACAACUGAGAGUCUUGUACACUGGGAUAGGAAAAGACAAAAUAAAAACCUCCUUAGCUUAGUUUUGUUGGAUUAACAUUGCUUUUUGUUAUUCCUGCAAAACGCUUCUGAGAUGUACAACCUUGUGAGCACAUCUGCCAAUGAGGAAUUGCCCAAGAUGAGAGAGCUACCUGCUCCAUUUGAGCUAGACACGAAUGGGGGCUUUUCUGUUUUGGCUCUUGUUAUGAGAGAACCAGAGAGAGGGUGGACUCAAAGGGAUUGCAUCUGGCUAGGCAAUGUCUGGAGGAGAGAUAGGGCUCAGACUGCCUUGUUUUAAUUUGCUCUUAGAAGGUAAUAAGAAAGUUCCAUUAGGAAAGCAGAACACUAGGUAUAACAACAGGCCAUCUAUUCCCCUUGGGUCAAUUCAGCAUUGUAAGAGUUAUGCCUACUAUGGAUGUCCUCUGAAUACAUCGGGGCUCCCCAAAUGCCUACUUAGCAUUUAUGUAUAGGACAAAAUGAAAGGUAGCCUUGAUAUAUUUUGGCUUGGCUAAACAAUACUCCUUAAGAUUGAGACUCUAGCUAUAAAUACCUUUUUUGUCUUUUCCUCUCAGAGUGACUAGUCAAGUUAUGUGUCAUUUGGAAGGGAGACAUUCACUGCCCAUUAAAGCUGCCACAGUCACAGAACCAUUGGAUGUAAAGAAAUAUUUUAUUUUGGUCUAGCACUGUCCUAUGUGACAUCUAAAUGGAAUCCAUGCUCUAAGAUAAAAACUAUCUUGAAUUCCCAAACAUUGGGUCUAACUUUGAAAGUUUAAAAGUCACUACUGAUGACUCCAGAGUAGAUGGAUUUGUGCGAGUGUAGUCUAUGUGUUUCUUUUGUACUGUAUGCUCCUUCCCUGAAUCCACCACCACAGGAUGGGUUUGAUUAGGCCCCCAAAUGCAAAGGCAAAGUUUUGAGGGUAGUGAAGAGUGAAAAAUAAAAGAGGAAGAAACUGAAAAUUUAAAACCAGAGACAAAAUAUGAUACUCAGUGCUAAGAAACACUGAGUGUCUUAAUUCUGCCACAAACACGCAGUGUUGCUAUAAAUAAUAGGUUGGAAGCCAUAGUCACCUUCCAGGAGCUUGUACCACAGUCUCUCAUGUAAGUUGGAUUUGGUUUAACAUAAACAGGAUUGCUUCAAAAUUAACUUCAUGGGAGCAGUCAGCAACAGAAGUAGCCUUAAAGCACAUCACUGACCAAAGAGGGAAAUGCCAGCCUUCCUUGCAAGACCAUCACCUCCUCCAUGUCCUCCAUCAUUGAUCAAAGAUGCCCUGUCUGUGGCUUGUUUUAGACUCAUCAGUGAUGUAAUGAUGUGCAUUUUCUCCACCAUUUUAGUAGAAAUGUUUUAUGGUAAGAUAGUUGUGAUCUUGAUUUUGCCUAUCAGAAUAUUUCCAGAUGCCAAAUAUGAAUUGAAUGCCGUUCUCUUUGUGCUUGGCAUUGAAAGAGAAAAACCACAUAUCUUGUAAGCCUGGGGGCUGGAUUCCUUGCAACUGUACUCUUCACAGCUCAACGUUAUAAGUGAAAAUUUGGAGGAAAAAGGAUAAUUUCCACCGUGUGGAAUGUGAAUAAGCAAAAAGUUAUGGUUAUUUAAUGUAAUUAUGAAUUCAAGUCUUUUGGUUACUGUGAUUUCAAACAUGCUUUCUUUCUCUAUUUUAUAUGACGGCCUCUGAGUUGGGCAAAGAAGAAACUGGCCAUUGUAUGUUGUUAGGGACUUUUGACAGGUCAGAGAGAAACAUAGUAUUGUCACAUAUGAAGAGACAUUAUUGAGUUAAGGAUGAACUUUUAUUUUCUAAAAUUGGAUAUUCCUUGAAGAUUGACACUUCUGAAACAUGUUAGGAAAGACUUUAAAUGUUAUUUUGAGAGACUUACAAUGUGCAUAUUCAAGCAAAUAGCAGAUAAUGAUGGCUAGUCCACAAAUACAUAUGAACAGAACAUUUCUAAAAAAGAAUUCUGAGCUGAAAGAGUGAAAGAAAUUCUAUUGUCAUUCCUCAAGAUAUUUAAUACCAUCUAAACUGUGUAUUUAAUCUGCAUUAAUCAUUUUAAAAGACGAAGGAUUAUAUAGGCUAUGAUCAAACUAGUAUGCUAUGGAUGAGGGUGAGGUGGGGUUUAAUGGUCUCAUAAAAGUUAAUUUGGCUCAAGUUUUAUGAAUCUGUAACUAGAAUUUUAUUUCACCCUAACAUUCUAUAUAACCUUUGCCAAAAAAGCAAUCAAUAAAUUAAAUCUCUUA